AUGGAGACGGCGGGCAGUGUCGUGGGGACGCGAUCCACUCGGACUCCUCCACCCGCCCGACGCCCAGAGCGGAGCCGCGCGCCCAGCCUGGUCCGGUGCCGCGCCAUGCAGAACCAGCCGGCUCCGCCGCCGGCCGUCCGCACCGUCGCCAUCCCCUUCGCCGACCUCAAGGAGCGGGGCAAGGACCUGCGCGGCAGGAUCGAGGAGGGGCUCGGGCCCAACGGGCUAGGCAUCAUCUCCAUUUCCCACGUGCCUGGUUUCCCGGCUCUAAGGAGAACGCUCCUGCGCCUGGCGCCGAGAGUCGCGAACCUGCCUGAAGAUGUCAAGGAACAACUUGAAGACCCGGAUAGCAGGUAUAACUUUGGCUGGAGCCACGGGAAGGAGAAACUUGAAUCUGGAAAACUCGAUACAUUCAAAGGAUCCUACUAUGCCAACCCAAUUUUGGAUGUCCCAACUACUGAUGACGCCCUUCUAAGUAGGUACCCAUCAUAUUGCCGACCAAAUAUAUGGCCAGCUGAUCAUCUACCUGAGCUUGAAAUAGCGUUUAAAGCUCUUGGAAAGCUAAUGCUGGAAGUUGGCUUGAUGUUGGCUCGUCAUUGUGAUCUCUACGUAAUGCAGCACGGAGUGGGAACAUUUGAUGGUGAAAGUCUUGAGCAGACAAUUUCUCGUUCAAGGUGUCACAAGGGACGCCUGCUCUACUAUUUCCCCAGACAAUUCAGCACACAAAAAGAAGAAGGUGGUUCUGUUUCAUCGUGGUGUGGAUGGCAUACUGACCAUGGGUCUUUAACAGGACUUACAUGUGGUCUGUUUAUGAGAAAUUCAGAGGAGAUCCCCUGUCCUGAUAGUGCAGCUGGGCUGUACAUCCGGACUCGUGAUUACCGAGUUGUUAAGGUUACAUUUGGGGAGGAUGAAUUAGCUUACCAAAUCGGGGAAACUACUGAAAUACUAUCAAGAGGUCGUUUAUGUGCAACUCCACACUGUGUGCAGGCACCUAGCGGUGAGAAUGCUUCAAAUGUUGAGCGCUCUACUUUCGCAAUGUUCAUGCAACCAGAUUGGAACGAGACACUUAAGUUCCCAAGUGAAAUUCCUUAUCACCAAGAGUUGAUUCCACCAAACGGAGCACUUACAUUCGGGGAGUAUUCAGAGAGACUGGUGAACAAGUAUUACCAAGGAAAGACAUGAACGAUUACCAUGAGGCCUCGAGGAAAAGCUCCAGUUGAGAUACCUAACAGGAAAUGAAGAGUUGCAACUAGUCGCCUCCUGCAAGCUGUUGCCAAAAUAGAAAGAUGAAAAGAUUUAUAGAUGUACAGUAUGACUAUCAUUGCUAUAA